AUGGCCAUCUGGUUUCAGCAGCUGAUAGAGAACAAAACCAGUGUUGAACAAAUAGAAAAUGAGAGGCGAACGAGAGAGCCGCCUAACGCCCCCGUUCGAAACCCAAGAGAAAUUAUCUCAAUAAGUGACGAUUCCAUUUUUGAGGAGUUAGUGAAGUUCAUGAACUGGAGCAGCAUGUAUGAAGAUGAGAGUGCAAGUGGUCCCGGACCAGUUCAGGAAGGGGCCAAUAAAAUUGUGGAGGAAAGUUACCAGGAGAGUAAGCAUGUUUCUUCAUGCAUGGAAGUGACUUCCACCCAGCCAAAAGAAAAUUAA